AAUUUACCAACUUAUAAACAAAAUGCAUAUUUUAUUCAAAUGGAUGAUGACAGUUGUACUGGUAAUGAAGAUACACGUGCAUUUCUUUUAGCUCAACUAACCAACCAUCGAGUUUCCGAAGUAUACUGUCUAGCAUGUCAACAAAUCUUAUCCAUUUAUGAUCAUUUCCCUGUUAUUAAUGGUAUAUUCUUCAUCAGUCCAUUAUGUCAUCGUUCUAAUGAAGGUUAUCGUAAAGGUGGUGGUCUACGUAUUACAUGGCAUACAAAUGGUAUACAAAAUCAAUCUGUUCAACAACAUAUUCAUCGUACACACAAUACUACUAACAACUCGGAUAACAGUAGUAGUAAUAGUGGUAACAAUAUAAUUUCAUCCACUAAUGAUUAUCAGUCGAUCAAUCAAAUUGCUUUGAAAUUAUUAGCUCCAUUGAAAAUUAUCUCACCACCGCCUGGUUGUCUUGGACCAAGACAACAGUUGAAUUCAACACAGCAUAAUCUAAUUAAUACUGGUGCAAUUGGCUGUGCAGGUUCAAAUCAAACUACUGGUAGUUGUAAUAGUAGUACUACUAAUACUACUACUAAUACCAGUAGUAAUAUAUCAUCUAAGUAUUCAACAAAUUAUGCAUCAACUAGACAAUGUCGUUAUUUACAUGCUUUAUGCAUGAAUUGUAUUCAUUCAACUAAUUCAACUGUGAAUGAUUUGAAAAGAAUUCAAUGUAAAAUUUGUCAUAAACCAUGGUCUG